AUGGAGAGAAAACAAAACUUGGCGCUCUCGAAGUUUCCGUGGCGUCGCCAAGAUGGCGGAGUCGGCGGGGCUGGGCGUGUUGCGGUGAGCGGCCUGGGUCCCCUCUGGGUCCCCCUGUCUGUCUGUCUGUCCGUCCGCGGUCUGACUCUGAGCCUCUUUCCCCCCAGGGUGCUGGACGGAGACGUCGAAGGAGACCCCGCCGGAGCCGCGCAGAAGCUGACAGCGGCUUUAGAACAGAAGCCAGAUGAUGCAGAGAAUUACUGUCAACGAGCUUUUGCUCACAUUCUUCUACAAAAUUACCAUGAUGCCAUUACAGAUGCAAAGAAGUCACUAUCACUUGAUGCCAGUAAUGCUAUAGCCUUUCUCAGACAAGGGGUAGGUGAAUACCAUAUGAAAGACUAUGAUUCUGCACUGAAGUCUUUCAGGGAAGGACAACAACUGGAUAGUGCUGACACAGCUUUUACUGUUUGGAUUAAAAGAUGUGAGGAAGCCAUCAAUGCUGGAUUGCAGAAUGAAGUGGAUGACAAUCAGAUUUUGCAACAUCAGUCAAAACUACCUAAGAUCAAGCAUGACUGGUACCAAACAGAAUCUCAUGUAAUUGUAACUAUUAUGAUCAAAAACGCAAAGAAGGAUGAUGUAAACAUACAGUUUUCAGAAAAAGAGCUAGAUGUAUUCGUGAGGCUUUCGUCAGAGGAAGACUACAACUUAAAGCUUCAUUUUCUUCAUUCCAUAGUUCCAGAACAAAGUACAUUCAAAGUUCUUUCAACCAAGAUUGAAAUAAAAAUGAAGAAACCGGAAGCUGUACGAUGGGAGAAAUUGGAAGGCCACGGAGGCUCUCCUAAACUAAAACAAUUUGCGCCUGUUUCAGAUGCAACACACCUUUAUCCUUCAUCCUCUCAUUAUACAAGGAAUUGGGACAAAUUGGUAGUUGAGAUUAAAGAAGAAGAGAAGAAUGAGAAGUUGGAGGGGGAUGCAGCUUUAAAUAAACUGUUCCAGCAGAUAUACUCUGAUGGCACAGAUGAAGUGAGACGUGCCAUGAACAAAUCUUUUAUGGAGUCUGGUGGGACAGUUUUGAGCACAAACUGGUCUGAUGUGGGUAAAAGGAAAGUAGAAGUCAAUCCUCCAGAUGACAUGGAAUGGAAAAAAUUCUAACUUAUUCAUUUGCCGCUUUGUGCUGCCCAUAUUUGUGUAUUUACCAUUGUGUGUGGACACAGCAUCCUUGAAGCUGAAGCAUUGGAUAUUAAUUUGAAGAUUAUUCCUGUCAUCUUACCUUGAUAUGCUCUAGGAAGACCUUUCUCUGCAGGUCUUAGAGGAAUUGAAGUCUCUUACAGCUUCUGUCCUUGAAGGGUUUUUUUGGGAGAUAAUACAAACCUAUCAUAACACACAUUUUCUGCUGGAUUGCUUGGUUAUGUAUUUGGAGAGUUAGCAAGACUUUUAAUGAGCCACCUAGGAUUAUUGCCUUAUUAAUACACAAAAAUUCUUUAAUUUAUUUGCUCUGGUGAUUUUGGGGGUAAACACACUUUUCACCUACAGUGUUAAGAUUGUUUGUUGUUUAACUCUGCAUACAAAUAAAACUGUAAAUAUAUAACUUUUCCAAAAA